AUUAUCCAACUUUGGUCAUGAUAUUUUAGAUGCUUUGUUUUGGACAGCCACUGAACCACGGGGUAAAAGAAGAGAGCAUAUUGGAACAUUGCCUCAUCUACUUAUAGCAAUAGUUUAUGUCAUUAUACAUUGUAUGUUGAUAAUGUUUCAAGCAACAGUUUUAAACGUGGCAUUUAAUUCUCAUAAUAAAUCUCUACUGGUGAUCAUGAUGUCCAAUAAUUUUGUAGAGAUAAAGAGUAACCUGUUUAAGAAGGUAGAUGUGAGUCAUCUAUAUCAGAUAGCAUGUAGUGAUGUGAAGGAAAGAUUUCACUAUGUUAUAUUGCUGGCUGUUGUCUGUGUACGAAACAUGAAUGAAGUUGCCUGGGAUAUAGAUCAUUUAUGGGUUUUGUUGCCAGAUGCUCUAAUGGUUCUUUUAUCUGAGGUUUUAGUGGACUGGGGGAAACAUGCUUUUAUUCUCAAGUUUAAUGAGAUACCUGCAGAUGUCUAUAGAGAAUUUAAAGUAAAGUUAGCCUUGGAUAUGGCAACUAGCAGACAAAGUCAGGCAUUUACUGAUCACUCAGACCUGGUAUCUAGACGUAUGGGUCUGACACCACUACCACUAGCUUGUCUAUUAUACAGAAUACUGAGUAAAUCUGUACCUCUAUCUACAUACAUGGACUUCACUAUAUUGUUUCUUCUCUAUCUAUGCUUGAUGUCUUUCAAAGUGUUCAACAGUAUUGUUUUACUGGGACAUUCUUACAUGGUGAUAGAAAAUUAUGAUAAAGAGAAUCACUCAGCUUCUUCACCCAAUGAGGAUCAAGAACAGAAAACAGAAUCAACCAAUCAGAGACCAGCAUCAGUUGAAGACCAUGCUCCAACGUUGUCAAACCAAAAAACACAUGAAAGAACAGCAUCUUAUGAUGAAAAAAUAUCUAGAAAUUUUAGUCAAAUAUUUUCGGCAGAUUCUUAUACAGAACUUACGCAAGUGCAAUCUGAUACAGCCAUAGAGCAAACUGGUGGAUUUUCUUUAAAAGGAGCAAAACUAGAUUAUAAUGAGAGUGAUGAUGAUGUACGAAGCGUUCCAAAUAAUAAUAAAUCUGCAUCAUAUGUUGAAUCAAAGUCACCUGACCUUGCUGAAAAGUCCGUUUCCUGUGAAAAUAUAAAAUAUUCUUAUGAGAAGCAUGAUGUGACAGGAAAGGAAACAAAUAUUACCCAAAAUGCAAUUGGGAGAUUUACAAUCAUCCAAUGAGAGUCUUUUAAACAUGUCAUGUGAUCAUUUAAAAAGUUCCCAGAAUUCCGUGGGAGAAUCAGGCCCAGCAGGUGAUAGUCAAAAACAGUUUCA